UGGCCCCUCGCUUUUAUCCUCUAUUAGCACUUCACCUCUCAAAGCCUCAUGGCUCAUGCUUUAUUUUUCCCGGAAAAUCCGGCGGAUACGGUUUAUAAACGUGGGCGAACAUUUUCGACCAGCGAGAGCGCACUAGUCUACCGUCCACCGAGCUCUCGGAGCAGCUGACAAGCGCACGGGCAUCUGCGAGGAGCACGCCUCUCUUGACUAGCCCAAGGCCCACGAGUCCGCAGAUUGGAGAACGAGCCAGAGAACGACACCGCUCGCGCCCGCCAUUCUCCGGUAAACGAAAUAUUCCACGGAAUCGUGAAAGCGACAGCAGUUUCACCCAGAGCGUGUGUGUUUGCGCUCUUAAUUACAAACACUAUGGCUCGCUCCGUCACGUCUCCCUUGACCGAGGUGUAUGAAUUAUUCUGGUCUCACCGAGACCCAAGGACUGCGGGAUGGGGUUUCAUCGCCGACGCAAAGUUCACCUUCCCGCUGCUCAUCGGCUACGUCUACUUCGCCAAGGUGGCGGGGCCCCGCUGGAUGAAAGACCGCAAGCCGUUCGACCUCAAGUGGGCGGUGCUGAUCUACAACGCGUUGACGGUGAUAGCCAACGCCUACUUCGCUAUUCGCUUUCUGUCGCUCACUUACGUGGGUGGCAACUACAGCCUGCUCUGCCAAGGAAUAAACUACAGCUCACCCAGCGAGAGGGACAUGGCCAUACUCAACCUGGGCUGGUGGUACAGCUUCGUGAGGAUCGGUGACUUCAUGGACACGGUGUUCUUUGUGUUGCGCAAGAAGAACUCCCAAAUCACGUUCCUGCACGUCAUUCAUCACUUUCUGGUCGUGCUGAGCGGCUGGUUCUUCCUCAACUUCGGCGGCGACGGGCAGCCCAUCUUCGGCCUGUGCGUAAACGCUUUCAUCCACGUCAUCAUGUACUCGUACUACUUCCUCGCAGCCCUGGGGCCUUCGAUGCAGAAGUACCUGUGGUGGAAGCGCUACCUCACCGAGCUGCAGAUUGUACAGUUCGUUGGCCUCAUGCUGCACAUGGCCAUCACGCUGUUCUACGACUGCGGAUACCCCAAGUUCCUCACGAUGCUGGCCCUGCCGCAAGGUUGUCUGGGACUGGGACUCUUCAUCAACUUCUACAUCAAGAGCUACAGGGCGCAGAGGAAGCUCCACGUAAGCGCCGAUAAGCUAAAGAAGCACGACUGAGCAUCGCGUGGCCGGUGUGUGCCUCAAUGAAGAAAAAGAAACUGUGAUAGAAAAGUAAGGUGGUAGAAAAAAAAAGGACUUCAUAGUGUUAGAAUCGCGUAUAGAGACUCACGUGUGACAAAGGCUGUGGCUGAAUUAAAUGAAACGCCGAUAAUCAUUUGCUCCGUCGAUAUUUUACUUUUAAUAUGGACAGCGUGCUAAAGGUCGGGUUCCGCAAAUUGCAAGAUUUGCAAGUGUGCACUGCAUGUCAGAUGCUGUUUCAGUGGUGCCGCGGCAUCAUCCUUUUCCCUUUCGCUGCGAUAGCAAUUAUACGGGCCGUCCUAUCAAACUAUCGGUACUUCGGGUGCCGUCGACGUGAUGUUCUAUGUGAAGUCGACGUACGAUAUGAUAGCGCCCAUCACGCCGUGCAAGAAAAAGCCUGUCAUGUCUAUCCCCCACUGCUGAUGGCUCGAUGCGCGCAAUUUUUCAACGUUUCUCACGUUGAAAGUGAUGUAAUCAAGCGCACGCUAGCGGAUGGGAGGGGGGAGGGGACGCUUUUUAGCUCGGUAAUGGUUACGCAUAUGACUCGCGUGUACGCCACUCCGCGCGCCUCACACGUUGUAGGCUGUUGAGGUGGAACGCGCCAACAGCGAGCCGAGAUAGCUGGUGCCAUUUUAGCUGUCUUUCCACAGCUGCCACAGGCGGGGUUAGCUUGACAGACCUGGCCGGCAAGUGGUCCGCCUGAGCGGCUCUUUUCAUGCAGUAUGUGUCACCAUACACCACUUAAACCUUUCCGUGUCUUAGCGCGCGUAAUAUGAAAUUCGGAUGGACGCUAGAGGCAGCACAAACGGUUCACUACCCACUGCCGGCGCUGUUCAUCACGCCAGUGUUGUGACAGCAAGGUAGACACGUGGGAUCUCCCCAGGUUCGCCUUGCGAUCGUGGCCAUAUGCUCCUUCAUUUAAUCGGUACGCGAAUAUUUCCGAUAAUUUAUACGACCGAUAACACUGCGGACUUUAUAGCUAUUGUUUUCAAUGUUUUGCUUUUCGGGUGACACUUUAUUUUUCGCACCCAUCUGCCCUCACUUAGCCCGAGUUGAUCUCACUUAGUCAUGGCAUUUCUCCAUUAGCGCGGCUAGCUAUGUUUUCACCCACAUUCACUACAAGGACGCAAAUCAUCCGAUCUCGAGCAUUAUUUCGUAACUUAUCGUUGUGGGCGCGAUCGUUCAUUGUCACUGAACGUGCACUGUCCAAUGUAGCAAGUUUGACGCUUACACGAAUGAUCUGGUGAAAGCUAAACUGAGUCUGGUGUGUCGUUAGCUUGGCGAGAGUAACCUGCAGA